AGCUACCUUCAUAUCAGUACGCAAAACACCACUCCAAGAGCAUUUUGGGCUUGCUAUGUCAUAGUGACGUAUGCACAAACGUGAAGUCUGGAGACGUCACAGGAAUGGUGGACUGCAGGAGCGGCAUGACAACUGUGAGAAACUUACGAGCCGAGGAGACAGUUUUACGACACCAUUGAAGCCUUAUACUGAUGGACAACAGAAGACGUCAUGAUGAAAGAUAUUGAUUCAAGAGAAAGGGUUCAAGAUGACACAUGCUCUUAGGUGUGAAGGGGCUCAAAAUGAUGAAGAAGAGGAUGAGGAGGAGGCGAGCCCUCUUAGAUCGAGUUUCUCCGUCGAGGACCUGCUCGAUGAGGUGGAGAAGAUCAGCAGUGUUGCCAGCAGCGGCAAAAAGGUGGAGAUUGUAGUGAGACUGUGGAAAAAUGGCUUCACAGUAAACGACGAGGAUUUACGCAGUUACACCCUAGAAGAAAACCAAGAGUUCUUAGAGGCCAUUAAAAGAGGUGAGCUGCCUCUGGAGCUAGAAGGAAGAGCCGAGGAUGAAGAACUUGAAAUCAACAUGGAGGACAUGAAAGAUGAAGAUUAUGUCCCAAAGAAAAAGACCUUCCACCCGUUUACAGGCCGAGGUUACAGACUGGGAAGUGUGGCCCCGCGAGUGGUGGCCAGGUCUCGGUCGAUACACGAGGACUGUUCUGGUCCCCCUCUCCCGGCAGUGGAGCUGAAUGAGGACCUUCCUGUGACCUCCCUCCAGAUUUGGCUGGCGGACGGUCAGCGGCUCGUGCAGAGGUUUAAUCUGAGCCAUCGGAUCAGUGAUGUGCAGCAGUUUGUGGAGCAGGCUCAGAGAACGGACGCUCAGUUCAUCCUGACCACAUCCCUGCCGUUCCGAGAGCUCACAGACGAGGGUCAGAGUUUGGGAGAAGCCAACUUAGCGAAUGCCGUCAUCAUUCAGAGGUCUCUCAACACACAAGCUCCUUUCGGUCACUCCUGACUGUUCCUGCUUAAACCAGAGACUCUGAUCUUUUGGUCCCACCCAUGUUUGGGUAACAUUUUAUAAAUCCGUUUCCCUUAAAACCGUGAAAGCCAAUGUUUUGUCUGGUUAUGAAUACAGGGGUCCUUUGGACAUCACUAUGACUGUAUAAAUGGCCACUCAACUCAAAUAGCUUUAAAGGAAUAGUUCACCCAAAAAAUGAAAAAUGUCACUGACUAAAAGCUUGUCAGUAAAUGAUGAUUUAAAUUUCAGUCGAAAAGCAAUGACAUGUGGGUGAUUAAGAAAUGGUAAGUGGUGAUGUUUUCUUAUUUAGGUGUAUUAUUCCUUUUACACUUGUGUUUUCUUUUUAAUUUUCCCAUCAUGUUCUUUCACAAACUGGAAGUGUUGGCCUUUUCUGAUACAAUGCAGUAUGCACAAGCCAAGUCUUUAACCUUCACCAUUAUACAUGUUUACACAUAGAUCAAUGAAGAAGCCAGAUCAUGGAAGUUCUGUGUUGGUAUGUCUUAUAAUGUACCGUUAAGUUAUUAAUGUCUAAUGUUUAUGCACUUUGCCUAAGACAGAGGCUCUGUUAUAAAGACCUCUGCUUGCAAUAAACCUACUGAUGAUAUGCUGA